CCGACGACGCCAGGGUCACGCAAGGACCCUCACUCACUCACCUCUUCUGUCUCUUCCAUCUCACCAACUAGCCCGUCGGUGUUUCGGUCAGAUCAACGGCGGCCGUGAUCGCCCUCCAACUGUCCCCAUCUCUUCUUCUCCUUCGCUCUCUUUAUUUCUAUUCACCUCUUUUUGAACCGCUGAACGCGUGUUCAAUCCAACACUCGCUCGGAUCUGUUUGCAAAGUGGUCUCUGAUCGGUUGCUGCGCACCCUCGACCAUCCAACCAGCGUCGCUCCCCCUUUCAUCAACGCAGGCGGCCUCGACCAGACUUCUCUUGCGCCCCUUUCGGAGAUCAAUCUGCCAGGAAAAGAGACGAAGAGGGGCGUGCGCCAACCUUAUCAGUAGCAGGUAGUAAUUUGUGGUGCUGCGCAGCAGCCAGCCCCGCGCCUUUGGCCUUUUGCCGGCCCACUUCGCUGGCUCUUUCCUCCCCUUCCGCCUGCAGAGACUCGGGGCUCAGCAUGUCCAGGGCGCCUCCUGCUUCAACUUCGGCACAGUCAUCAUCACCAUCGCAGAAGCAGCAGCAGCAGCAGCAGCAGCAACAGCAACAGCAGCAAUCUGAUAACGGAAGCAGCAGCCAGCAUACCAUUGGUCCGUGGACCCUCUCGCGAGAGAUUGGAAAGGGCUCCUUUGCUGUCGUCUUCCAAGGUCGCCUGAGGUCCGACUAUGUGGGCGACAGCAGCGGAAGUGGCGGAAGUUCCGAGGCUGGCGGCGGACGCCGCGGCGGCGUUCUGCCCAAGAGGGUGGCCAUCAAGAUAGUGACGAGAAAGAAGCUCACGCCCAAGCUGCUCGAGAAUCUCGAGGGCGAGAUUGCCAUCCUCAAGGAGAUCCGGCACGCCAACGUCGUCGAGCUCCUCGACUGCCUCAAGUCGUCCAGCCACAUCUACCUCAUCAUGCAGUACUGCUAUCUGGGAGACUUGACAAACUACAUCAAGACGAGGCGGCGCGACGGCCAAACCGACGUUGCAAGGGCCAGUAGGACUCCCGCUGAUAGCGUCUUUGACCAGGACCAGGAUCACUUUGUCCACCCGCACGAUGGCGGCCUCCACGAGGUGGUUGUCAAGAGCUUCCUCGCCCAGCUGGCAGCCGCGCUCCAAUUCAUGCGCGGCAAGAACAUCGUCCAUCGCGACAUUAAACCUCAGAAUCUCUUGCUACAGGAACCAGAGACAGACUCGCUGGCUGCAGGGCAUCCUCCCCUCAUCCCACAGCUCAAGGUGGCCGACUUUGGCUUUGCUCGACAUCUACCCUCGGCAUCGCUGGCCGAGACGCUGUGCGGGUCGCCCCUCUAUAUGGCUCCCGAGAUCCUCCGCUAUCAGCGGUAUGAUGCCAAGGCCGACCUCUGGAGCGUGGGGGCGGUACUGUACGAAAUGUGUGUGGGCAAGCCGCCGUUUCGAGCGCUGAACCACGUCGAGCUGCUCAAGCGCAUCGAACGGGGCAAGGACCGCAUUGUUUUUCCAGACGAAAAGAGCGACGAUACGCUGCGUCGCGAGAUGCUGCGCAAGGACCCAGAGUCGACAGAGGAAGUCGUCCGGCCCCACGUCGUGGCCGAGGACCUCAAGGCACUGAUCCGCGCCCUCCUCAAAAAGGGGCCCGUGGAGAGGAUGAGCUUCGACGACUUUUUUGCCUCGUCCGUCCUGGCAGAGUACAAAGCAACGGAGCGCGAGAGGCAGCGCGAGCUCGCAGUGGAAGGCGACAAGAGCAAGGACAGGCUCGAGUCGCUCCCGACGUCACCGAGCACGUCUCAGAUUCAGUCGUCGGCCUCGCUCUCGGCAAGUGGCAGUGGCUCGACGGGUCCGGCCCCGUCGAGGAUGGCUGGUGGACCCCAAACGCAGCCGCCGCUGAGGCAGACGAGUAGCAACGGAUCGACUGCCUCGCCCCAGCGGCAGACUGUACCGCUGGAGCACGAGCGCAAGGCGCCGCCACCGCCGCCGCCCGUCAGCAGCUACUACACCACAAAGUACGUGGUUGGUGGCCGGUCCUCGCAUGCAAAGACGAAACAGGCCCAGACACCGGCAACCACUCCAAAAAUGCCCCCCGCCAGCACCGGUAAUGCUUCGACAACUGCGCCGCCGACCCAGCGAAACAUUCCCACCCCGAGAGGCAAGAAUGCGUCUCCUCGUGACACAGCCGACGCAUCGAGCCUCGAAGACAAUGUCUUGGAGACGCCUGGCUCCAGCGUCACCCAUCUGCCAGGCACAGCAAAGGCAGCGAGCAGACAGGCAUCCACCACACAGCCUCCCGGCGGCAGCAUCACCUUCGACGAAGACGGCCUCGGCAAGGGAUAUGUCAUGGUCGAAAAGCGCAAUGUCGAGGUUAACGCGCUUGCCGACGACCUUGCUGGCGGUGCAGCUCGAGCCUCUACCUCUCCCUCUGAAAGGGUCUGGGGAGGCCUCGCCGGUGUGGUGCGAAGGCCGUCUCGUCUGGGAAGGACGCCCUCAACGUCAAGCAGCAACGCCAAUCCUUCGAUUCCCGAGUCCUCUGCAAGCAAAGAGGCCCAACCUGCAAAAUCGCCAGUCCAAGCCGCGUCGAGCUCGUCGAGCUCGUCGCCGACUGCACCGCUUCCUGCAACAAAGUUUGGUACGACGCCGCCUUCCCACAACACACCUUUUGCCUUGCCUCCCGGCGCCAGGCGUCCCUCUUUCACCCGUCGACCGCCCAGCCAAGAGACUGGCAUCGUUUCGGGAUCGGCUCCGUCGAGUCGAGGAAUCGCGCCUCCGUCCGUCAGUGGGCUUGCCACGACACUGACCUCAUCUUCGUCAUCGUCGGCCUUGGCAAGGGCCAUCAACAUGGCUUCUGUCCGCCUCUUUGGGGUGCCCUCGGGCAUGUCGCUGCGUGGCGCCGCGGCACUCGUCAAUGCCCGCUCUCGCAGGCCUUUCUUCAUUAGUGCGUCCUCGAGCCCCGGCGGUGGUAGUGAUGUGUCCGAGGCCGAGAUGAAUCUCUUGGCGUUGCUCAAUGACUACGGGCAGAAGAGCCAUGUCAUUUGCGAGUUUGCCGAUGCCAAGCUGGCCAACUACUUUAGCGAGGGUCCACACCAGAUCUCGACGGACGCAUCACCCUACGAGGAUCGGCCCAACGCCAGCCGGACUGGCUCGACUGCAGCGACGAGACGCUUCUCCUCUCUCUCAUCGUCGUCUCUUGGCCGAUCGCCGACGGGUGGGAGCAACUACCACCAGAUUCACCGUCAGAGCUCAUCGAGCUCCGUCAGCAGCCAGUCGGUGACGUCGCAGUCUGAGGUAGCUGCUGCCGAAGCCCUGGUUUUGUACGUCAAGAGCCUGAGCUUCUUGCAGCGCGGCAUUGAUGCGACAAAGACAUUCAUCGAGGCUCGCAGCCUCCCUGGCACCAGCAUUGUGGCCAGCCCUGAAAUCAACGAGGUCGUACAGUGGCUCAGGGUCCGCUUCAACGACGGCUACGAUCGCGCCGACUUCGCUAGGUCAAAGUGCGGCGAGAUUCCAGAAUCUGCACAGAACGUGGACAAGCUCAUCUUUGACAAGGCCCUCGAAAUCGCUCGAGCUGCAGCCCUUGACGAGCUGGAGAACAAUCGCGAAGGAGAGCACUGGGACUGUGACCGGUGCAUUCUCGCAUACGAGACCGCCAGCACGAUGCUCCUUGCCCUUCUCGAUCCAGGCGAGGAAGCCCUGGAGCUGAGCAAUGGCGCAUUUGGAACAAUCGAAAAGUUCGUCAAAUCCAUCGACAAACGGCUGCAGUGCCUGCAGAGGAAGUACCAGCCGUCUCCUUCGGCUUAGUUCCAUGACUAAAUCUCCCAACUUUUCUCUUGGUUGGUCCAAGUUUGCCCUCACCCGUCGGCACUUUUCACUCCUCUUCUUUCUUCUCUGUCGAUAUUUGUAGUUGUACGAGCAUCUGCCCAUCGUUAUUAGUCGGCCUCCAUCCAUCCGUAGACAGUGCAUCCCUCUUCGACUCAUCGCCUCCUCUCAUCACCAAUAAUUUUCUCUGAAUCCAAUCUGCAAACCAGCCAGUUACAGG